AUGAAGGGCAGGUUCCUCCAUGUGGGGCGCUCCCUCAUUGCUCUGGGGAUUAUCUGCAUCUUCCUGGGAAUCGGCAGCUUUUUCCCGGUCUUUUCCUACAAGCCCUGGUUUGCUGACUGGAGCGUACGGAUUGCCUGUCCCAUCUGGAACGGAGUCAUGACUUUGAUUGUGGGUGUGCUGGUUGUGUUGGCAGAGAAGGAAUACAGUUCACGAUCUCUGCCCGGCGCUGGCCUGACCUUUGGCCUGGUGACCCUGGUGACGUCGUGCCUGCAGUUUGCUGUUGCUCUGGCUGCCGUGCUGAUCGGCCCACUGUGCUACUUUGCCCAGGAGGGGGUGUCAGGCCAGGGGUACCUGGGCUAUGCCGUGAGCUUCCCCUACCCCUACCGCCUGCCCCCGCUCUGCCUCGACCCUCCGCUCCUCGAGUUCUACCACCUCGGCCAACACCUCCUGGCCAUGGCCCUGGCCCUGGUCAUCUUCGCCCUGGCCCUCGCCCACUGCAUCCGCCUCGCCUACAGGUUCAACGCCACAGGAACCCUCCGUGUACGUGACCUCCUCCUCUACACCCGGGCCUGA